AAGGAGUUUGUUGGCGGGCUCGGAGCGGUCCGGUUACGGGAGAGACCCGGGGCUGCGGCGGUGCCCGCGGCGGCGGCAGCGGCGGCUGCGACUUCCCGCGCGUGGGCCGGCACGGGACUGGAGCGUCACUUCCCGUGGGGUGUGCCCCUUGAGACAUUCCGAGGGCCGCGGCUCGCUUUCGGUUUGGCUGGCCCAAGGCUACAUCAAAAGAAAACCAGUAAGCACCUGUCCGAGGAGGCCUCUGUGGGUAAGUCCUCCAGUUUUCCUAAGAUGACAUCUGGUCCUGGUCCUGUUGGGAUCCCAUUUAGGGACAGUGAGGUGUUUUAGGAGACACAUGAACUCCUGUCCAGGGCUCUAAGGAGAAGUCACACUGCCCGCCUGGUUCUUGGGCCCCUGUGCCCUGUGCUGUUUUGUCUUUUCUGUCUCUUUUUCCUGAGUUUUCUGUGGUUUGGACUUGCGGUGACUGGUCGACAAAAUGGGAAAUAAGACUAGUAAAGUUGAUACUCCCUUAAACUGUGUACUGGACAAUUUUGAUGAACUUUACACCCGUAGUGUUAAGAAGUGUUACAAGUACCGUAUUACCAAGAAACGUCUCCGGAACUUCUGUCAAUAUAUAUGGCCCACGUUCGAGGUCAGAUGGCCCUCUAGGGGCACCUUCGAUCCCCAGGUGGCAUGGGCCGUAGUAGAUUUUGCCCGCCGUUUACCUGGUGAGCUGAACCAAAUUGGAUACAUUUUGCCUUGGGCAGAAGCAACAUCUAAUCCACCGCCCUGGAUGAAGGAUUAUAUGGUCAGAAAUGGCCUUCCUCAUUCCCCAUCGCCUCACCUCCCUCAGCCCCCACCUCAACCCAAACCUGUGACACGUCCCCCACCUCAACCCAAACCUGUAACACACACCCCACCCCAACCCAAACCUGUAACACACACCCCACCUCAACCCAAACCUGUAACACACACCCCACCUCAACCCAAACCUGUAACACACACCCCACCUCAGCCCAAACCUGUAACACACACCCCACCUCAGCCCAAACCUGUGACACGUCCCCCACCUCAACCCAAACCUGUAACACACACCCCACCUCAGCCCAAACCUGUAACACACACCCCACCUCAGCCCAAACCUGUAACACACACCCCACCCCAACCCACACCUGUGACACGUCCCCCACCUCAACCCAAACCUGUAACACACACCCCACCUCAGCCCAAACCUGUAACACCCCCUCCACCUCAACCCCCACCCCAAGCUCUACCCCCGCCCUCUGAUGCCUGUGUGCCUUUUACCAGCACUGAUCUUUAUAACCAGAACAUCCAGAACCUUCCUUUCAGCACAACGCAGAGCUAUAUAGCCUAUGAGCCUUUAACCACCAGGGAUCUUCUUAACUGGAAGGUGCAGUGCCCCCCUUUUAGCACAGACCCAAAGCCCCUAAUCUCUCUAAUUGAAAUGAUCUUCCUCAUCCACCGUCCUACUUGGGAUGAGUGUCAAAUCAUCUUAUAUAUCCUCUUCACAAAGUGGGAGCGGGAAAAGAUUCUGAAGGAUGCAGCUAAAGAACUUUGUGGAAUGGAUGCCCUGCCUACACAGAGACCAGACUGGAACUAUAGGACAGAGGAAGGUAGGAGGUUCCUCAGUGAUUACCACCAGGCUUUGCUCAAGAGACUAAAACGGGCAGCCCGGAAGCCCACCGACUUUUCCAAGGUGACAGAUACAAAGCAAGGUCCGAAGGAACCACCGGCAGCGUUUCUCGAACGCCUCCUGGAGGCGUACCGUGACUAUACAUCCAUAGAUCCAGAUGACCCAGCAAACCGCUUCACGGUUAACCUGAGCUUCGCAGCCCAGUCUUCCCCAGACAUACGUAAAGAAAUUCAAAGCAUGGAUCGAUUUUUUGAGAUGAGUAGGUUAGAAUUAUUGCAAGUCGCCCAGGAAGUGUUUGACAAUAGAGAGAUGGAAAAACAAAUUGAGCUGUUUAAGCAUGUGAUCUAUGGGCAACAUUCCUUUGGCUCCUUCAGUCCUGGCCAAACAACAUACAACAGAAGGGGGAGGCCUCUGCGAAGAGACCAGUGUGCUUACUGCAAGGAAUUGGGGCACUGGAAACAUGAAUGCCCCAAACAGAGAUGGGUAGGUCCUCCCUGGCCAAGGCCACGUUUGGCUUUAGGAGAAUAGUGGGGCCAUAGCUUUUUCAAAUCAGCCCCCCAGGAGUCUAUGGUAAUAAUCUUUUCAAUUAGUACCAACCUGUAAACUUCAUAGUCGAUAUGGGGGCUUCACAUUUGGUAUUACAAAACCCCUAGGGCCUCUUGCCAUUCCAACAAUGGAAAUGCAGGGGCCAACAGGGGAAGUCAGAAAAUCUAAAUGGACUACAACAUGGACUGUUAAUCUGGGAGAGAGGACAAUGAUCCAUUCCUUGUUAGCCUUGAAUGUGCCCAAUCCCUUUGCUGGGAAGUGACGUCCUAAGCAAGCUCCAGGCAACCAUCUCAUUCUCAGGAGAUAAGCUAGGGUGCCCAGCCACAAUCCUGACCAUUACCUGUCCCUUAAUCCAGUAGUACCUCCUGCUCUUUCUCCUCUAGGGUCUGACCCACGCCCCUGAGGGGAGACUAAAAGAGCAGGAUCAGGGAUGUUCUUGCUGUCUGAGCCAGAACCAGUCCUGGUCUGGCCAGGCAUGUGCUGCCAGUUAUAGCUCAGCUGACUUCUGAGGCCAUGCCCAUCUGAGUCAGACAGUAUCCCAUCAGUACAGAGACCAGAGAGGGAAUCAAGAUACAUCUCAGUCGCCUCCUCAAGACAGGCAUACUCAUUCCAUGCCAGUCAGCCUGGAACACCCCUAUUACCGGUCCAAAAGCCUGGGACCAACCCUAUCGACCAGUCCAGGGUUUAAGGGGAGUGAAUGAGCAGGAAGAAACCUGUUUGCCCAACUGUUGCUAACCCUCUUCAUACUCUGCUCAGCAUGCUGCUGCCUGAGCGGGUUUAUACGGUGCUGGAUCUAAGGGAUGCGUUUUUCUCCAUUCCCUUGUCAAAACUAAGCCAGCCCAUCUUUACAUUUGAAUGUGCUGACCCUGAACUGAGAAUAUCAGGGCAACUGACCUGGACUGGAUUACCUCAGGGGUUCGGCAGUUCCCCUACCAUCUUCGAGGAAGCCCUCAACUGGGAGUCUCUUCUGCAGUGAGUAUCCAAAAGUUACCUUACUCCAGGAUGUGGAUGAUUUGUUGCUGGGUGCAAAAAAAUUUAAGGACUGUUUAGCUACUCGGGGUCUCUUUAAGAACUCUGGCUCAACGAGGCUAUCAAGUUUCCACGGAGAAAGCUCAAAUUUGCUCACUGUGGGUCACCUAUUUGGGAUAUGAAUUAAAGGAAGGAGAAAGACUGUUAUCAAAGGCCUGGAUAGAAGUCAUAAUUUGAACCCCUACUCAAACCACAAAGAGGCAGAUUAGAGAGUUCCUGGGAGCUAUUGUGUAUUGCUGCCUCUGGAUACCCAGGUUUGCUGAAGUUGCCAGGCCCGUGUACUCAGCCAUGGCAGGGCUAACACCCCUUUGGAGUGCACUGAGGAAAGUUAGCAGCUCUUAAAAGGCGCUUAUGCAGGCUUCUGCCUUAGCUCUUCCUGACACCUCCAAGCCCUUCCUCCUCUAUGUCCAUGAGAGAAAGGACAUUGCCAAAGGAGUCCUGACCCAAGCCCUGGGCCCCUGGAAAAGGUCAGUUGCCUACAUUUCAACAAGAUUGGAUCAUGUGGCCUCAGGACGGCCCCCUUAUCUACAAGCCAUGGCAGCUACCAAUCCUUGUAAAGGAGGCAGACAAGCUUACCCUGGGACAGAAUCUGACCAUAACGAUCCCACAUGCAUUAAGACUCUCAUUAAGAGAUGAUACUGCCGGGCGGUGGUGGCGCACGCCUUUAAUCCCAGCACUCGGGAGGCAGAGCCAGGCGGAU